AUGGCGGCGUUCGCGCGGCGCAAGGCGCAGUGGCUGGCGCGGCCCGACCCCAGCCGGAAGCGCGCGCUGGACGCGCGGGCCGCGGAGCUCGUGCGGCUCCUGAACGCGCGCGAGUGCUUCUGCAGCGCCAGCUCGUGCGACGGCAGGGUGGUGGUGAUGGACACUGACGGCACGGGGAUCCAGAAGAAGAACUGCACGUGGCUCCUGGUAACACAUGACCCAUGUGUCAAAGGCGAUGUGAUGGCAGCACUGAAGAAAGCCACUGGUGAUGUUGUGUUCAAGUUUGAGCCAUUUGUUCUUCAUGUGCUGUGUCGGGGGCUGCAGGAUGCACAGCUGCUGCAUUCAGUGGCUAUUGACUCUGGGUUCAGAAACUCUGGUAUUACAGUUGGCAGAGGAGGAAAAAUUACAAUGGCUGUGCGGAGCACUCACUGCUUAGAAGUUCCAUUGAGCCACAAAGGGAGAUUGAUGGUCUCCGAAGAAUAUAUUGAAUUUCUGGUACAUGUAGCCAAUCAGAAAAUGGAAGAAAACAUAAGGAGGAUUGACAGAUUCCACAAAGGCUUGGAGCGGGCUCUGGAAGCUGCAGACACCUUGCAGAAGCUGUGUGUGCCUGCAGACACCUUUCCCGAGGGGCCAGAGAAGAGCCACUCUGUGUACGUACGCAGAAGAAAGAGACAGACUGCUCAGGAACAGGCUGAGCCCAGCAGAGAGCUGGAACCCCAUGAUGAUACUGAAAACAGUCUUGGUCUGUUCGCUGAAAUCAUGAUAUAGACUAAGACAUUUGAAAGCAAAUGGCAAACUGAAAAACUUUAUUGUAAUGCUCUUUUUGAGAGAUCUAUAUACUCCUGUGCUCCAAGUAGUAAUACUCUCAUGGAUAUUGACCAGAAAAAAAGGUAAUUAAUAGUGAGCAGGUGUAACUACAGGACACAGAGAACAAACUGUAGAAUGUUUUGGGGGUUUUUAAAGUAUGCAGUUGAAUUAACAAAGUGGUACUCCAUCAGUUACCCCAGAUAUAACUGGUUUGCUGCAGCUUUUCACUGUGUUCUCUGUGGCUGCCUUUCACUUCCAGCUUCCUGGGUUUUGCAGAGCCAGCUGGCUCUGCAGGUUUCUUCAUCAGGAAGGGGAAGACAAGCAUUGAAGACUGAAGACCAUCCGCUUGUGAGACAACCAAUGCACGUGGUGGGAGUUCCACAGAAACCUUCCAAAGCAGCCUGUGUGCACCGGUCUCAGACCUUGUGUGCGUUUGGGCGGACUGGUUAAAGUAUGACUCAACUCAGGGGCAUAAUUUCUAAUAGUGCAGAGCUGCUGGCCAGGAGCUGUGUGAGCAAAACUGGAGUCCCAUAGCCCACGGGGCAACAGGCAGGUGGUGGGAGCAGCCAGGGCAAAGCACAGCAACUCCUCAUGUGUGGGGACAUGGCUUCUGCCACAGGUGUUACUGCAGCAUUGUGGCUGCAGGCUUGUGACACACCUUUGCAGUCACCAUUUUCCACAGACCUUUCUCUCCACUCUGAGGGUCAACUGCCUGUCUGGGCUGAACUGAAACCCCAGGGCUUCCAUCAACACAAAGCAACAUCUGCCUCCAUGCAGAGGGUCCUCCCCAACCUGCUGCCUUAGCAAAGCCCUGGGGAACCCCUGUUGCCAUUCCCACUGCUGGGAGUCUCACUGUUCCUGCAGAUCCCUCUUCACCACCUGGGGGGCACACAGAGGAGGUAGUUGUUGCUUAUGGAUUUAGGGAGUUUGUUCAGAAUAGUCUGAACCCUCCUCUGCAUGUGACAUUUCUUAAAAUGUCUGGCGCUGGUCUGUUGGAUAUGUCUCAAGGGACGAUGACACCAGCACCAACCAGAAGCAGUGCCCACAGACCCUGUAACAGCCCAAACACUCACCCUUUGUAACAGCACUACAGUAUUUGCAUUCUGAGAAAUACAGUUUGUCAGAAACUGACCCACAUUCCUCUGAAAAAUUAUUAAAAAUUCAGGAAGACUUUUUGGCAUCUUAACACAAAAAUGUUACCCUGUUUGCAUCUUGUUACUUUAUUCCCAUCAUCGCCAAUUAUUGAAGACUGACCCUACAACAAGACAAACAGAGAAGGAUCAGGGAAACAUGUUAUUUCAGUAUGUAGAACAGUUUUUGCAACAUUUUUCUGAUUUUUUUUUUUUUUUUUUUUUUUUUUUUUUUUUUUUUUUUUUUUUUGCACCCCAUCCAAGGUUGCAGAGGGUGAGGCUGAGGAGGUUUCACCACCCUGACACUGUUCUGGGACCAGCAUCACCUUCAUCCAUGCACCAGUGCCCUUACACCUUGCCCCACACUCACCCAAGCGCCACCAGCUCAUUUUGAGGUUAAUUUCGUCAAGCUGUGUUUUAUUUCCAGCUGCUGUAUGGGAGUCUGUUGGGUUGUCAAUAUGCAGAGCACAGGCAGCAGUUGGGCAGAGCAUCCAGAGGCAGCUGGAGGCAGCACCCCUGAAAAGGGGAUUCUGGGGGUUGUGGCUGCAGGGAAAUUCACCAAUAAGCAACAAGACUCCUAAAACUGUCAAAUCUUCAUCAUUUGGAAGUUUGCUUAGCCACUUAAUUAAUCUAAAAGGUAUUUUUAUACUUGCUCUCACUGUGUUAAAUUUUUUUAAAUUACAAUUUCACUCCAUGUGCACUCAGUUUUUCAGGGGAGGCAGGUGGGUUCAGUCACUCCAGGAACUGAUUGUCAUUUUUCACCCCAUAGCAUUUCACAUCCACACCAGGAAACUACUUAAAUCAGCACCGCAGCAUUCCCUGUGGCUGUGCCACAGGUUCCGAGCCAGUUGUGCUCCCCAGCACAUCCGUGCACUUGGGCACAGAGUCAGUUGACCCAUUCACUGGGAUAAUUCUGUACAUGCAAAUCACAGAUGUCAGGAGCCCAAGUGUUCGCUUGCAACAGUUCCUCUGAAAUACAGAUACUUAACAUGGUUCACAAGAGCGUAGCAGUAACAGCUGCAGAGUGCAGUGAAAUCAUGAGUUUGCACAUGGGUUGAACCUCUCCAGACCAGGGUGGCUUUGCACCUCCCAGCUUCCACUCCUGCCAGAGCUUCACUUGAAUUUAACCAAGUCUCAAUUUAAUUUAAUCAGUCUCAAGUUUUUUUAAUUUAUCAUAUUAAAUGUAUCAUGCACUGGAGGCUUAGCAGCUCUUCAGUACUUUUGGUUACUGAAAAUACACAAUUACUUUGUAAUAUCUUGUGAAUUUGAUAUUACGUAGUUGGAUAUUGUGGGAAAUGUUUCACUUCUGAUCUACCCAUAGUUGAAAGUACCCCAGGGGAAUAUGCUGGGUGUUCUGUGAGAGAACCUUUGAAAAGGUAUGUCUUAAAAAAAUUUGUGUCUUUAAAAAUUAUAUAAAUACCAAAAUUUCCUGAGCUGCUCAGGAAAUCACACUUCGUUUCUUCACACCAGGAGAAAACAAAGCUGGUAAGAAUUGAUGUCAAACAUGCUGUGCUGACAGCAGGCAGCUACGUGGGAUCAAGGUCAGAAAAUUCUCAGUGUUUUGUGUUUUGUUUUUUUGGGUUUUUUCCCUUAAAUCAGAGACUGACACCCAAAUUCCAUACAGAGAUUACAUGAAAGAUCUUGUUCUGCAUUCUGAAUGCAAUUUAUUUAUGGCACCUGAGCAGAUAUGCUGUUUUGUUUGGUCAAUUUUAUACUGGAGGGGAAAAGCUUGUUUUCAUUUUCUGCAGGAUCCCGAGAGAAGAGAACUAUUUUUCUCAAAGUCAGGUUUCGUAGCUGUAAUUGUGACUUUUGCAGAGUAGCUCUGCCAGCUCAGAGGCUGGCUGGUAGGUGCUUGCAGGGCACCCCCGCUGUGCCCGGGCCGGGCCGGGCGGUGGGCGCGGUGCUGCGCGGGCAGAGCCCGAUGCUCGGCACGUCCCCUCGGCGCUCGGCUGGCACCCUCCCUCUGUCUCGGGACUCAGGCAUAGCGGGAAGGUGCCGGCACGACCAGCACCAGCGGCGGGGGAGAAUUCAUUCAUGCAGGCACCGGAGUUCCUCCGUGUGAACAGAACAGGAUUUUUUCCUUUCUCUAAAUAAGGACCUCGUAAGUUCUGUUUUAUCUCAUAGCUCUCCGCGCCUGCCCUGGUCCGCCAGUCCCUCCUCGGCUCCGUGUCCCGGGGGUGCCUGGCGGCGGCGGGACCCCAGAUGUGGGCACCGAACGAGCGCUGAGCCCCCGCAGCCGCCGGUCCCGCUCCCCGCGCCGGGAGUCGGGGCCGGGGAGCUCGCCCGGCGGCCGGGAGAAGCCAGCCCUUGUGCUGAUAGCAGAAGCCAUUUAAACUCCCGAAAAGCUGAGCAGCUGGCAAGGAAAAACCUGAUUUCCUUGGGAUGAUCAGCAAUCCUCCACUAAUGGAGAUAUAAAUGGUCCCAUCACUUCCCAACUGCUCGUCCUCGACAGAUUCGGCAUCCAUGUUACACGGGCAGCACUGCUCUUUUAUAAUCUGCUCAUUUAAAUAUUUUUGCGUAGCAUUGCUAGCAAAAAUCAAGGAUAUUUACAAAGGAAAUGCACCCAGAGUUUAUACAUACAAUCCACUUUUUUCUCUUACUUUGCAUUCCUUGAUGCCUUAUUUCAGGGUUUUCUUCAAUCGCACUUAGCCUGAGCUUUGUUAUGUUCUGUCUCAUUUGAAACGCCUUGAAAAUACUGCAAAGAGAAUGAUGGGGAAACUAAAUCUGCUAGGAUUUUACUUAGAGCUCUGUGCAGGGUCUACUUGUUUUUCCUGUAACGUAUUCACCUUGUAGUGACAUACACGAUCCAGGGACACACCAGUUUUGGAAAAUAUUCAGAAUUUGGAAAAAAUUCAGAAAUGCUGUGGGUAGUUGUAUAUGAGAUCAGAAUUUGUCCCAAAAUGUACAAUAUUAAAAAUGACAAUUUUCCCUUCAUUCCUAUUACCUAGAUAUGAAAGUUCCAAUUCAAGAAUGUGUUUUCACAUCCACAGCACUCUGGGGUAGUAUUAAAUGAACUCUGUUUAAUAAAACACAUUCCAAGUUGC